CCUCCAUAUAUCUCUUCUUGCUGUGUACUGUAUCAUCAUUGGUUAGUUUCUCCGUUUAUAUACUGCUAGCUGGUUCAGAGUGAUAUAGAUAGAUUUCACGGCGAGGAUUGACAGCAACAGAAGCAGUUGUCUUCUCCAGGCAAUAAACUAGUUAGAUACAUAUCCCCAAAGCAGCCAGCUUCGGCAACAACUACAACGAAGUAUCAUUUAAAUCCCACAUGGCCCCGUUCUGUUCUUCGGUUGCUUCCAGAGGCUUGGCACUUCAGACCGCCCUUGUGGUUUCUCCUCCUCCUCGCUGCCGUGGGACUCCGGUGAUCUCUGCAUCACCUCAUGCUCACCGCCAAAGUCUUAUCGGCUCAACGACGACGAAUUCUUCAGGCACGAGCCCGAUCAAAAGAACUACACGAAUCCGUGCGGUAGAUCCAGCCUCUGCAAAUUCUUUAGGCGAAGGAAACCUCGUAAUCCCAAUACCAGACCUGCUUUCAGUUCUAUCAUGGCCCUGGAUGUUUGGUGCGGCCAUAGCUGCAGCAGUACCUCUCUACAGAAGGUUCAGAACACUAGAAGAUAACGUGGAGAAGGCGGCGGAGGCGGCGAUCGAGGUGAUCGACUCGGUGGCGGAGGCGACGGAGAAGGUCGCCGUCGACGUUGCCGAGGCGUUCCCCGGCAAUGAAACUCUGAAGCAGGCUGCCACCAAGAUUAAGGCGAUCGCGGAUGAGAUCGAGGAAGACGCCGACAAAGCUGAGGCCCUGAUUGAGAAGGUUGACGAGAUAAAAAGAGAGGUGGAUUCAAUUAUCGAUCCUCUAAUCGACAAGGUCACGAAGAACAAAUCCUAGAGAAGGAGACCAUGCAACUGGAGGAGACAAUAAUGCAAAACAAACAGCCAGUGAAUUAAUUUAAGAAGCAAACACUAGCUAGUCGGGCAGUAACCAGAAGAAACAACGGAUGCACGUACAUAUGACACGUACGUCUCAGUGUCAUCAUCACCUAUUUAAGUAUCUCAUUCGAUGCUUUCUAAUCACGGUUUGUUCAGUUAGUGACUCUAGCUACGAACUCCACCUAUCAGAGAGGACAAAUUUCCUUGGAUGUUUUAUUAUUGUUCAUUCAAGUGCUUAUUGUGCA